UACUGGCAGUGGCUGCUCAAUCUUGCUUAGUCAAGCCGAUCGGAAAUCAAAACCAUCUGCUUAGCUAGUCAAGCUAUUCUUCGGCUAGUCUAACUUUUGUGCUACUGUCGAAGCGCCCAUCCAGCGUGCGAUUAUACUAUGUUCGCGUGCCUUCGCGGCUGUCAUCCAUUCCCUCCUCCUGUUCACUGGAAAGUCGAUGUCUGAAACUUAUACCACUGCCGCCGUAGCUGCCUCCUCUGUCCAUCUCCACAUUUCCAGUAUUGUUAUCCAGGUCGACGAUGCUUCGAAAAAGAUAGUCGAAUUUGUCGAGUUGGAGCUUGGUUCACAGCGACGGGAAGUCCUCCGCGGCUCGGGCAAAGACAAAGAACUUAGUGCAAAGUUCGAUCACGCCAUUGCGGUGACCACUGAGCCAGCUUCGUUGUUGGUACACUGUCAACACCAUUCUAUGGGCGUACUUCCGUGGAAGAGUAUCGUGAAGUUUCCAUUGGACAGACAAGACAUUUUGUCCGAUAUAGUGGAUCAAGAUGGUAAACGAGUGCACGAGAUGACUAGAAAGAAGAUGAAGAUGACUGUCGUCAUUACAAUAUCCGAUAGUGUCCAUACCAGACAGCUGCAGCCGACUAGCAGUGAUGUUCUAGAGAUUUGUCCAAGGUUCCGACUACUGGUAAUAGGGAAGACUGGGGUUGGCAAGUCAUCGUUGAUCCACCAGGCAUUUAAGAUAGACGAAGUGGUUAAGUCGAAGAAUUAGUACCGUGGACGACAGAUGCUGACACUCGCCCACCCAGCAUGUCUCUGGACAUUCGCGAGGCGUAGCUGAUAUCAAUCGGGAGUUCGUCGCGCCCCAA